GAGAGCUGGGCGAGCAGAAAGAGGGACAAGCUCUGUCGGCGAACAGAUCAACUCUUUGGGGAGGUGGAAAGGCUGCAUUUGUUUUUAACCUUUAGUCUUAUUGCUCACUUUUUUUCCUGCUGAGGAGUGGGAAAUGGAAACCUUGCGAUUUGUUUUUCUGUUGGUUUGUGCCUGCUUUUUUUAUCAAGCUGAUGGACGCAAAACAUUCGGUGACAUGUUCCCACACAAGCAUGCAGUAGCAGGGAAGUUUCCAUUUCCAGUGCCACCGAUCCCUGGCUGGGAUCCUGACACCAACCCAUGGGAUGAUUAUCUCUACCCUCCACUAAACCCAAAGCCAAAAGAGCUCACGCACCACAAAGGUAAAGCCAAGGUUCGUCUGACCAGCGACAGUCCGGCUCUCAACGGCUCUUGCAUCUCUUUCACUGCCAUGCUGGAGUACCCUCCGUGCCAGAAGGAGGAUGCCAAUGGGGACCUUGUAUGGGAUGAGCACUGUGCGGAUGGUACGGAGCUAGAGGCCUCAGCAAAUGGACAAGUGCAUUCUGGCUACGUGUACAACUGGACUUCAUGGUUGGACGAUUAUGGCUUUGGAAAGUGUGCAGACUUCACAAAAUGCAACAUAUUCCCUGAUGGGAAGCCCUUCCCUCUGAGUAAUGACUGGAGACGGAGGAGCUACGUCUAUGUGUGGCACACAAUGGGCCAGUACUACGAGACAUGUGACGGCUCCUCCUCCCGUGUGACCAUCAACACCACCAACAUCCCUCUGGGGGCGGAGGUCAUGGAGGUCAUGGUCUACAGGAAACGCGAGCGCAGGAAGUACAGCCCCCUCACCACUGACAACACCGUCUUCUAUGUCACAGAUAAGAUCCCAGUGGCGGUCAACAUCUCCCAGAAGGCUGCGGUCAACCAGUCUGAGAAUGUUUUCUUUUGUGGUGAGGACGUGGUCUUUAAAGUCCAGCUCCAUGACCCCAGCGGUUACCUCAAAACCGCCGCUGCCAUUGACUACAUCUGGGACUUCAGAGAUGGCAACCAGCUGGUGACACACCGCGGCGUGACCACACACACCUACAGCAGGCUGGGGACCAUGAGUGUGAAGCUGGUGGUGGAGGCUGCGUUCCCUGUAGAGUGUCCGCCCACUGCUGCCACCCCCACGUCACCAUCUCCCACAGAGGCUCCCACACCUCCACCCAGGACUCAUGCUGUUACUUUCAAGAUGGAGACCACACAGGCGCCACCCAGCACCAGCAGACCCCUCCCCUCAUCCUCUCCCGCUGCCAUGACGUCAGGCGUGCCCACCACGGAGCCCCUCCCGCCUACUCUUGGCAGUGCGACCCCAGAGUCCAACCCCACCACCAUGGCCUGGCUCCGCACCAGGCGCCUCAACAGCAACGAGUGUUUCCGCUACGCCUACGGGACCUUCAUGGGCAACAUCACCAUUAUUGAACCCAAGCACGCACUGAACAGCCAGCCAAACAGUCGCAUCGUGGAUGUGUCAGCUUCCAGAGUGACCAACACUGACAUCAGCUUCCUGGUGAAAUGUCUGGGCAACAUCCCCACUUCAGCCUGCACCAUUGUGUCAGAUCCCAGCUGUACUCAGGUGCACAACAUUAUGUGCGAUGACGUGCCGCCAUCGUCAGAGUGUGAGGUGCAUCUCAGGCGAACAUUUCUGGAGCCUGGCACCUACUGUGUCAACAUCACUCUGGAGGACUCCAGUAGCCUGGCCCUGACAAGCACCACUGUCACUAUCAACAAGUCCCAGGAUACACCUGUGUCCAAGACUUCUCGUGCUGCAGAGGUGGUGCUCUCCUCCAGCGCUGUGCUGGUGGCUGUCUUUGCAUUCACUGCCUACCUGGUCUGCAAGCGUUACAAGGUGUACCGUCCGAUUCGUAGGACACUGGUGGAGGACGCCUGUGGCUUUGCUGGGGCCAGAGGUCGCAUGGUCCGUCUAAGAGAGGCACUCUUCCCCUCCAGUGAGGAGAGCCAUCACCUGCUGACCGAGAGACACCCCCUGUAGGCUUUAAAGAGCUACACCACAGCAUUUCUGCUCUUAAUGCCAAAAUAAAAAAUCACAAUUGAUGUAUGCAAAUCUAAGCUAGGUUAAAUCAUUUAAAAGUCAAGAUAGCAGGAAUAUCAAUGUACUAUUAUUAAUAUUAGAAAAUAAUGUCGUGUUUGUGUCUUAAUUGAGUUGUUAACUGUGAGUUGGCUACAGCAGUAUAAGAUUGGUAAGAUGAUUUACUGAAGAAGCUGUUAAAUGUCUGGCUCUGCUCCUUUUGAUCUCCUUGUUCUGGCUCAUCGUUGGAUGAGAGAAUUGCUCUUAGAUGAAUUGGGUCCAAGUCAAGGCUUGUUUCAAAAGAAAUGCUAUUUUGUAAAUCUUGUGCCACGUACAUAAUACUGCGCCUUGUACUGUAAUCACCAGUUAAGAAUGACAUCCUUGAGAUGGCUUUCCAAUUAGAAUUUAUGCUUCCAGUGACAUAUGCAUGCUAAAAGUACAAUUUUAAACUGUAAGACUCAAUAACUAAUUUGAGGAAUUCACUGAAAACUUGACAUGCCUCUAAUAAAGGUAGUGAACUAACCACUCAUCUGUCAUUCA